AAAAAGUAAAGAUGGUGCAAUUAAAACCAGCCGGGGUGCAGUUUUUUGGUACAUUUACAACAAGGGUGCAGCUUAAGUUAUUUAGCAUACUUUGAAGGUGUAGUUAAGAGAUGUUUUGACAGGCACUUUUUUUAUUUUUAAUUUAAUUCGCCGGCUAGGGUAAGAUGAAUGGAUCAUGGAGAUCAAGAUUGGAAACUAUAUAUAGUCAUCACGGAAAGAACGAUCAAAUGACCAACAGUAGAGAGUAUAGAUUGUAUAGAGGUGUGGUGGAGUGUUGACAGCCGCGAACGCAUGGCAUUCGUAUUUUUGACAAACUAUAUAAAAAAACCAUCAACUGCCGUUUUUACCCAUAGAAUAGGAAAAUUUUUUAUAUGGAAUUUUUUCAAAAAGAACUUGCAAUUUUUUCAACGUACUAGUCAAUUAUUUCAUGAUGAAUACACGAAGUAGUUUGCUCCAUAUUAGAAAUGGACGAGCAUAUUUUGACGAUGAACUUCUGCAUAACAUACGAACCUCAAACUUUGUAUACCUAAGGAAUAGAUUUGAAAAUGAAAAUCCAAAAAAUCUGGUUGAUCUGACAGGAUCAACUUUAUUGCACUUUUCAGUAAUUUAUUCUUCUGUAACAGUAAUAAGAUUUUUGAUCUCUCUUGGAAUAAACAUUGAUGCACAAGAUAUACUAGGAAGAACUCCACUGAUGAUUGCAAUUGAGAAGAAAAUUUCUCAUGCUAUUGCAACUUUACUUGAUGCCAAUGCCAGUAUUGACAUUGCUGAUGCGGAUGGUGAAACUGUACUAUCAAAAUUUUACAUGAAAUUACCUCAACUCUCUUUAUUUGUUGCUAGAAUAUUUUUCCAAAAAGUAGAUUGUAAUAGCCCAGAAGAUAUUAAAAUGAUAGCAAAUAAUUUGCUAAAUAUUGGUUGUCCAGGAUAUUCUGUAUUGUUAGAAAAUAUUGCAGUAUUAAAGUUAUUUUUAGAAAAUGGCAUUGAAGUAGAUAAUUGUAACUCUCUAAAAGGUGAUACAGCACUACAUAUUGCCGUUAAAGAAGGGAGGUUGGAACAAGUCAAGUUACUGAUUGAAUAUGGUGUAGAUGUAAAUAAAACUAAUUAUAUAGGAAACACACCACUGAUGCAAUUCUGGCACAAAAACUUUGAUGUCUUAAGAGCAUUAAUAGAUCAGGGACUGAUAUUAACUGCAUGCAAUUCAACUGGUCAAAUGCAAACAUUUUAUGGCUUAAGUUAUGGUAGCAAAGAAGUCGUUCACUUGCUAUUGCAAUACACUGAUUUAACUGUAAGAGACAUGAAUGGACAGAAUAGUUUGCAUUAUCUGAUGACAAACCAAAAUCCUGAAAUUUGUCGAGUAUUGAAAGGUAAAAAAUUAGAUGUGAACGUGGUGGAUAAAGAUGGAAUAAGCCCUCUGCACUUGGCUGUACAAAACAGCAAUCUAGAAGUUGUUAAAUUUCUUCUAGAUAGAGGUGCGAAUGCUAAUCUUUCAAAAAAUGGUACUGGAAUCACGCCUUUAUUCAUGAUAUUUGAAUCGUACAAAAUACUAAGGGAUAUGAAAAAAUGCAUUGAAAUUCUCUUAGAGCACGGCGCGGAUGCACAAUUUGUAACAAAUCAAGGUACAACAAUUUUCGAUGCAAUAUUAAAUCUAAAAAUUUUUUUUGAAUCUAGUUAUGACAUGGUAAUGAAAAGAAGAAGAUAUAUUUCAUUGAGUAAACCAAUACUAGCACAUCUCGCAGCACUCGAAUUUAGCGGGACACCUAUCAAUGACAUCAUUCGCAAUAAAAUUAACAGAUGUAGUGCACUGAAGAAACAUUUCAAUAUAUACCGAAAACAACUAAAGCAAGCAAAAAAAAUAUUACAUCCAGAGAUUUUAACGAUGAGUCUGAAAUAUUUGACUGUCAAUGAAGACAAAGUUAUUCGAUUAGCGAAAAACAUUAAACUAGUCUCGAAAUUAUUGCGCUUGACCAAGCUAUAUUGUUAUAAAUCGCACUAUUCUAAAAAAUUGUUUAAACGUUUACUCUAUAGUUGUCGGAUGGCCGUUUUAAGAGAAAAAGCUAUUCGUGCUAUCUGUCGAAUUAUUGGACCUACUAAUAAUUUCUAUGAUGUCUCGGAUCAAAUAAUUAGAUACCUUAAUAUACAAGACUGGCGAAAUUUGAAUCGAGUGCAGCAUAUUUAUCUGUAAGAUUUUUAAGAGUACUCUUAUGACAAUAGUAAGACUUAUUCACGAAAUAGUAUAUCACGAUACAAGUGCAGUAAAGUAUCGCAAAGCACUUGUACUGUAAUGUACUGUUGUACAUAUUGCAUAUUAAUAUAAUGUAAGUGCAGUGGUUGCUGGAACUAAUCACCUUCCGUAAAUUACUUAUCUAGAAUAAUAUCUAAUCGAUAAUAAUGUCAAAAUUAAUCAAUUGUUCAUUAAUUUUAUAAACGUUAUUCAUAGUCAACUUGACACCUGUUACUAGAAGUGGAUUUUAGUAUGUAAAAUCGUUGAUCUCUUUAAAAACAAUUUAAUGCCUAAUUCCUAUGUAUUAAAAGGAUUUGAAUACAGGUAAAAACUUUUCACAUUUACACCCAUUAGACGUAAAAGUACAAAUUUUGUGCAAAUCUUGUACAAGAAAGUGUACAAAGUUUAUGCAAAAUUUGCUCAAAAAAUCUCGCACAUAUUUUGAGCUCAUUUUAUUUAAAUUGUUUAUAAAACUUACACGAAAUUUGUACAUACUGAUCGCUUUUUCCUAUGAACUAAAAAUAUUUCAUUAAUAUUCUUAUUUAUUCAAAAAAGUGUUUCAUUGAAAUUUGUAUGCGUGAACUUAUUAUAGUUAUAGAAUUUUUUGCUGUCAAUUCACUCAGUUGUACUUGUAACUAUUUACAUUUAAAAAAUACACAAUCUAAUUAUUUUACUGUUGUAUUGAUAGUUUUCACAUAUAACAUCCUCUAUUGGUAUCAUAAUUAUAUUUGAUACUUUCUCAUAUACUGAUUGCCGUUUCAACUAGCAAGUUAUUAGUAGUUGUUCUAAAUUACUAUAGUAUAUUACCUAACUAGUGCGGGAAAAUAGAUUCCUGCUUCGUGUAAGGUUUAUGCCCGAGCAAAGCGAAGGUGUAAAGGCAUACGAGGCGAGAAUCUUUUUUUUCUAAAUAUGUUAAGUAUGGUAUUUUUCAAAACAACGUGUAGAAAGCGCACAUUUUUCUACGAGCGUGCGACAAAAUCAUACUUUCCGCAUAACGUAAUGAAAAAUUAUUUUAUUACACGCCAUCUAUACAUAUAUUAAUGUAUUCAUUCUGGUAAUAAAAUCGCCUAGUUUGGUUCACUCAUGCAUAUACAGACAGUGUGUGGAAAUUUCAUACAGCGAUUUAGUAUAUAAGCUAAUAACUCCUCAGUGGUUAAAACUGCCGUUAGUAUAUACAAGAAUAUAAAAAUUAGUGUACAUUAUUGAUAGAAACACAAGAAGUUACGCGCGAAAAUUGUCGAUGUACUAUUAAAAUAAUUAUAAUUAUAAUUUACAAUAGAUUGGUUGAUAACAAUUCACAUAGUUCUCGCAUACUAAUUCUAAUAAAGCGGUCUCCAUUGAAAAUAAAUAUUCAAAUUUUAAACAUAUUUUUUUUCAAACAAAUUUGUACAAAAUUUGUACAAGUGAGGUACAAGUUUUUUCUAAAUUUUAUAUAAAAAUUACACAAAAUUGGUACAAUUUCUAUUACUUAAUGA